AUGGAGAUUUUUUUGCCUAGUGUGUCAUUAUGGGAAAUCUUCUCCUAUCUGGAUGCCUUCAGCUUGCUACAGGCUGCCCAGGUGAACAAGAGCUGGCAUGAGGUUACAGGCAGUGAUUUCCUGUGGAGGAAGCUGUGUCUGAAAAGAUGACCCUGUUGUGACAUCCCCCUAGAGCUCCUGAACGCAAAGACUUGGAAGCAGUUCUUCCUUCGCCAAACUAGGCAAGAACACUUCAUGACCCGGGCAAAGCCAGAAGACUUCAUCUACAAAGAAAUACAUGGGGACUUUGGCUUGGGUAAUGUGCACUAUCUCUCUGGGAGGGGCUUGACCAAAGAAGGACAAGGAAGACCGGUUGUCUGUGUGGUGAUAUCCUUGGCUCGUCUUUCGACCUGGCCUGUUCCGCAGGGUGUUAUGACCUGGGAAAGCCCAGCACAGUCUGCCCAGAUUGAAGUGGCUACGCUCUCUGAGAUACACUUUGCAAUCACCAUAAAUAUGGAAGCAGCCAUCAAGGUGUGGAACUGUCAUGACAGGGAUGCUCUGGCGACUAAUGCCAUGUCUGCCUCCUGUGGGUCGCUGGAAGCUGUUCUUACAAAGGAUGGCCCAUUUGUCUUGGUGUUUUUGAUGAACAGCUUACUGAGGCCAAUGGAGUACCCCACCCCCGUGCUUGCCGCUAUAACACCUACGUUAUGCGACAGCACCUUCUGGACCCCAUGGCGGGAAGACAGGAUAACGCUGAUGUUCCAGAGAGCAGUUCAUAAAGUUGCAGCCUUCCGGUUACCAUAUUACAUUGAGAGCCUGGGAUGGAUGGGAGUCAGCGAUAAGAAUGCGAUUGUGUUUUCAAGCAAGUCCUCUCUGUUUGUCUACAACAUGCAAGGCAUCCAGCUGCAGAGAUUUGAAGGUUGCUUGCAAAGGACCAUGAAAUUACUAGUGGAUUCCCUCCACGUCAUUUCUACAUUUACUGAUGGCUCUUUGGAUGUGUACAUGUGGGAGGAGAGAAGGCUAAACCUCAGGAAGUGUUACCACAUGCAAAACGAGACACAUGUGGGACCACCAAGGUAA